CACGGUAAAUGUGUACAUCCAGAAACUAAAAUGGAACAUUUUCAUGUGGUUGUAUUUGUUUUAUUAAUGUUUGGAAUAUCUAGUAGCUGGCCACAAAAUGUAUAUUAUGAGAAUAAGAUUCCGUUAGGAUCCUAUGGAUCUGGACCCCAUUCAGAUCAUAAAACAAUUAAACACCAUUUUCCCGUGUAUGAGCAGUUUCCACCCAACUCAGGAGUCAGGAGCGAAGUAGAUCUGCCUGUGUAUGCAGAGUAUCCGAAAUACUCAGGAAACAGAAACGAAGAACCGAUAAAAGGGCGUUCAUUGACAAAACAUAUAUUCGAACAUGCAAAAAGUGUUUCAAUGGAUGAUUUUCUCGAGCGUGUACCAUUUCAAGGCAAGAAUGAUGUUUUCGCUACAAGAGCAUAUCAUUAUAUUGAUGAAGAAACUAAGCACGUUAUUACUGGUUUGCACAAACUCACACAAGCCGAACGACACAAAAACAUUGUAUUAAUGGUUGAAGAAUGUAUACAUUUGUUGUUAGCAAUUGCCAAAAAUUUCCCGGAAAUCUUCCAUACUUUGCCUACCAUAUUAGCUCCAAUUAAAGUUCUAGCUUCACAUGUCUUGAGAAGUCGCCAGACUAUAAGUAAAAAACCAAUUUUAAAGUCAAACAAUCCGGUUGCAAAGAAUAAACACCGAGUCUCAAAGUUCAGCAACCUAAAACCAUCAAAUCGAGGCCAUAAACUUAAGACUAUGGUAUUUUAAAUCAGUGUUUUGGAAAAGAAAAUAUUAAAAAUUAACUAAAUAGUAUUUUUAUAAGUUUAGAUU